UUGUCAAACCGACUUGCAUUCGCUUACAAUUAUUAUUAUUAUUAUUAUUAUUCCCAAAGUUCCGCUGUCCCCUUUGAGAGUGCAUGUUUGCAGCGGUGGUGGUAUUAUCACCUUUAAUCGUUUUAACUCGUUGUGUGUGACACGGAGGAAGAAAAGAGAGGCAGCAGAUAGCAGCUGAUAUACCUAUCCCCUCAAAGAUGGCCGGCUGCUGUUGUUCUCGAUAUUAUAGAGAACGCUGCAAAGCGCACAGGCAUUCGGGAUGAAAGAUUAGAGCUAAGAUGCUAUAAUUGUGCAGUUUUGAACUCGUGUAAAUAAGUAUACAACACACCAGAGCAGCUCUCCAAUGGCUUUUGAUCCAAGGAACGUCAAGUAUCCCCUGGACCUGCACCAUCCGCAAAACAUGUCGCCCUACCCGUACCCGAGUCAUCAUGUCAUUCAAUCAAUGCACAGGAUGGACGAAAACAGAAACGAAAAUCAAUGCAGCAACAAAGAGCUGUGUCCAGCUAUUUCGCAUCAGUCGUCUGGUACUCAAACCAUACAAAAAGUCGAUGUGGCCACCAUGACGGAUCCAUUGCAAAUAGAUUUUAGACUGACCUCCGAGUACUUGGAGCGUUGCUCAACUAGUCUCGGUAGAUUGCCAUAUGUUUGCAAAUACAAGGACAGUAGCAGUAAUUCGUCGGGACGCAGCUGUCAGGAUAUCCACCCGAAAAUUGAGUAUGAUUUGCCGGAACCGCAACGCAUCAAUGGUAUGCUCAUUUAUCAUUGUCCCGAGUGUGCCUAUCGUUUCGAGGAUCGCGAAACUUUGCAAGAUCACCUAGAUGAUCAUAAAAAGCGGCCCUACGUGUGCGACAUAUGCGGCGUAAAAUUACGAAGAAAAGAACAUGUCAUUCGGCACUCGUCAUCCUGCCACGAUGUCAAAAGGCCCUACCAGUGCAGCACCUGUUGCAAGUCUUUCAAACGAAAUGAGCAUUUGUUGAGGCAUUUUUUGACGCACAGUGGACAAAAAACAGAAGUGUGUACCGAGUGCGGUAAAGCUUUUUAUCGAAAGGAUCACCUGAAGAAGCAUUUAAAAUCGCAUGUGGCGAAGCGAGCCAAGGAAAGCGAUUCUUUUGCUGCAAACUCGAGCGAUGUUCAAACGCAGCAGCAGGUGGCAGCCCAACAGGAGGGACUGAGCACCUUCACCAUGAUGAUGAGGCAGGCCGGACCGCCUCCGUUUUCUGUCAUGAGAACAUAAAAAUGCACGUACUCCCUUCGAAAUAAUCAGGCGUACAAAAAAAAAAAAAAAAAAAACACUUAACUCGAUACUUUGAUCUUUUUCAUUUGAAGUUUAGAUAGACAUAGACGUCGAUGAAAUAACUUGAUUAGUGAUCGAAGUUCGGAAGUAUAUUUUGUCUUGUUUGUUUUUAAAUGUUUCAUUCAACAUUAACAAGUAUUUCGCGUCGAAAUAUUGAUGUAAACUAUCAUCGAAAACUCAUCCGUCAAUGAAAUUUAAAACUUUUAUCACGGUAAUUUCACUACCAACAUCAGCAUCAAACUUUCGUUUUUAUAACUUUUUAUACGUUAACUAUUAUUUACCUUGUUUAUCGACAUUUAUAGCUCACUAUUUGAUGAUUUGAAGCUCUCUUUCGUCUUUGUAGUUUUAGUUUUUUGAUUGACAUUAAAUUUUUUUUUUUUUUUUUUUUUUACACCACUUGGUAAGAUUUGAUCACAUUAUCGUAAUUUUAGACAGUACUUAACAUUAUGGCGAAUAAAUUUGAUUGUUGCGUAGCUCAUAGUUAGAUACUUUAAAAAUAAAGAAAAAAUAAUAAUUAAAAUAUUAAAUGCGCUUUGAUAUACAGUUCUUAGCUUAAGUGAAAUUUUUCUAUUGUUUCAAAAAUGUAGUUUAACGCGAUGUGUCGCAUUAACAAAAAAAUGUGAACAGUGCAUAAAAACUAUUUGUGUAGUUGCGACAAUCCGUACACUCGAGUGCUUUAAUUACGAGUUAAUAAUUAGCUAUAACAAUGGUGAUCUAUGCGCGUGGUGAUCAAGCAAUCUGGUUAUAUUAUUGAUGAUAAGAAGAAAAAAAAUGAAUAAUAAUAAUAAUAAUAAUAAUCAUUUCAUUAUUGUCGAAUGAUCGAUGCAUAAGUUGCCUUGGUUUAUUGAAUAAGUAAGAGUUUAUACAAAAAAGAGCGAUAAGACUUGUGAGCUUUUAUAUCACGAAGCAAUUGCAAAAUCACUCAAAGUUUGCUCAUUACAUAACAAAAAAUACGUAACUACUUUCAUUAUUAAUAAAAGCAUUAAA